CAAUCACAAAGUCAGAAUCAACUCUCCUCCCUCUCUCCUUCAUUGUCUUACCUCCAGCGCGCUCUUUCUUUAGUCGACUCACGUAUACAAGCUGCUGGGAUGGCUUCCAUGGCCGACCACGACGAUGUCUUCGGGUCGACCACUUCGCGUUUCCUCUCCAGCGCGUCAGCAUCUCUCCCGCGCAGAACAGCCUCUCGGCAAAGCCAAAGCAGCGGUUCGCGCCACUCAUCGACACCACUCCGCGUUCCCUCCAUGGCACAGUCAAUGAGCGAGGAGGGGCCUAAUGCAAGAUAUUCGUUGGCACAUGAAUUGGCAGUGGCAUUGAUGCCAGAGCCCAGCGCCGGAUCCCGAUUGCUAGCGGAAGAAUUUGGAAUCGAGUAUGACGAAGGUGCUGAGGGCAUAGAUGAGGAUCCUGAGGGAGAAAAUGCUGCUGUCAUGGAGCCCCCGGCAAUGCAGGAUGAAUACAAUCCGGAUGCUGAGCUGAAUGGUGGCCACACGUUGACAUCAUUUCAGGAACGCGUACCUCCAGAUGUGGACCCAGCCUUCCAUAGCCCUACCCCAUCGCCUCGGAAGAGGAUGCAGCCUGAUAAAGAUCCGAUGAAUGUGCUCGCGCAGGAUCUGGAGUACACUGAGAAGUUCCUCACACAGCUCCGCCACCUCGACGCAGACCAUGGCCAGUCCCCCACACAGCCAAACCUAGAAAAGCUCGCAUCGGAUAUGAUUCGUCGCAUCAAUGACACUGCACAUGAACGAGAAGGACAGGUGCGCGAACUGCUGCAGUGCGAACGUGAGUUUAGGAAGAUCGCGGGCGAGGUUGGCGGGACCGAGGCUCUUAGUCGGUUAGACGCGCUGGACGACUUGCUAGAUGAGCCACCGCGCAGCGCGGACGCGGACAGCGAUUUGGAGGCCAUUCCGGAAGAGUCCUUCUCAGGCUCGACCCUGGCCAAUGACUGGGAGACGGACCUCGAUGGAGAGCGGCUCAACGACGAGGACGAUGAAUACGAUCCUUCGACGCCAGUCAAGUCAUCGUUCCCGCCACCCCCACCUUUGAAGGGAUCACCAACUCCAGCGAGUAUUCUGCCUCAGCUGGCCUACCUGCGCACAUUCACGUCAUCUGCUGUAACAUCCCUCGCCGUCAUCUCGGAACACGCUCAGGUCAACGCAGCAGCGACCACAGAGGCAGGGCGGAAAAUUCGUGCGCUGAAGAACAAGCUGGGUGGAUGGCGGGCGGAGUGGGAGAACGCGGAGCGCAGUCGCGCGAAGAUUCAGCAGUGGGAGGCAGGGAUAGAAGGAGGCUCUACGGGCACACCGAGGCUACAUAGCACACGGAGGAUAGAUGGGAGGAAGUUGGUCCAGGAACAUUUGCAAGCAUUCGAGAAGGCUUUGAACGAGGCGAACCUGAAGACACAAGCCAUCAUGGCAAGUGCGUCAUAGACUGUUAAGAGCGUGGGCUAUGAUACUUCCUCUUGUUGAAUGCUUCCACACAUAUGUUGACGUUCUGCUAAGGCUACUCUAGGUAUACUCAUCCCGCAUACUAGGAGGAACUAAUGUAUCUGCACCAUUACUAUUUAUCAUUGAUAUCUCACCCUUCGUUCAUGCUAUAGAGCCAGUGUAAUUCCACAUAUACCUCAUCGUCCACCGUUUUGCGACUGCUCCGUCAUACUUCAUAUGUUCAUCGUCACCAAACACUCGGCAUAGUUUCAUAUCAUCCGGCAUUUUGGCUGUGCUUUCUUGCAAUUGGCAUAACAGUGCAAUACGGAUACGAUGCAAAGCAAGGCGUGUCUAUGUGAUAUACAUGACAGAGAUCGCUCGUUUCUGC